UUUCACUACGUUAGAAUUGUUUUACGUUUUUCUUCUUAAGGCAUUGACGUAUAAUCUUCCGACUUAAAACGAAAUAGGAUCGCAUGGAAAGUUUUAUCCUAUAACCGUGAAUCUUUAUGCCGUAAAUCUUAGUUGGAGAUAAUCUCAUGAGCGGACGGCGAGUAGCCGGCGCGAAAAAGGCCCAAGCGAACGAAGAACGUGCGAAGCGAAAGGUGACGGUUAGAAACCGUUUAUCUUACCUGUGGAUGAAAAUAAAUGCGCCAAGACUUAACAGAGUCUAAAUUAACUUAUUCAGUAACUUCAUUACGCAAACGGAAUUCUAUAACAAUCUUGCGGUGCUAUAUAUCUAAAAGUAAAAACGACACGAGCUAAAUAUGACAUAUUAAGUAUCACAAUUAAUUUAAAAAAUUUCAAUGCUUUGAUAAGAGGUGAAAAUACAAGCAGAGCGCAAGGAAUGUUUGGCAAUGGCUACGGAGGAUAUCCGGUUAGUUGAAUAUUUUCUGCAAGCAAAUCUAGUUGGUGGUCUCGUGUGGGACACACUGGGCGUGCAAGGAGAGACCAAGUGCUGCUUUCUCAAGGACCAUCGGCGUGCAGUACCGACGUGGAACUCCAUUAAGAUCGAGACAUCCCGUUCCGACUAUCGUCGCAAAUCAUAGAUUUACUAGAGCGAUAAAUUUAUAUUUACACCAUCGCUGUUUUACACCCCGAGUUUCAACCACGUUCAAAUCACAUCCUUAGGCUAAAGAAAUAUUGAUUCUACCAUAUUAUGGCCAGUAUCGAAGUAUCUUUGUCAACUACGCCAAGAAGAAAGAAAGGUGGAAGCAUUUCCGGUGGAGUAAUAUCGCCAGCUGGUCAUCGAAAUAGAGAUCAUUAUAAGGAGCUAGACGCUCUUCGAAUUGCAUUACGCGACAAGGAAAAUAUCAUUCAAACACUGAAAGGGCAACUGUGCAACACACUGAGCAACAGAUUAGCUUUACGUAAUGGUGCUCCACCUCUAACCGAGGCUGACAGAAAAGCAGCCGAAGAACGACUUCAAAGGUUGCGACGCGAUGCGGAUAAUAAGCGGCUAGCGAUAAAAAAUUUGAAAUUAGCGCUCGAACGACUAGAUAUUACAGAUAAUAUCGAUGUUCGAAUUCAACAAGCUGAAUUAGAAUACAGACUUGGACGCGAAGAACUCGAGCUUUUAACUCUUCGCGAAGAAAGCAGAGCUUUACAGGCUGCUUUGGAAUUGGCAGAGACCCAGGAGAAACAGAAAAAUGAUACAAUAUUUAGUUGUAUCUCUGGUUCUACGCAAGUUACGAUCCAUGCAGUGGAAGUUAGCGCAGAUCCAAAAAGUCCCCGUUUUGGUGCUGGACCAAGAGAAGACACACCUGGCUUGUAUGUCGAUUGGGCAGUUGAAGAUUCUGGAUUAUGCAAGGGAGACAGAAUCUUGGAAGUGAAUGGAAAACUUGUGGUGGGAGCAGGCAGAAGCGAUUUAGCAAGGCUGUUGGCCGUUGCACCCGAUGCAGCGCAAAUCGUGGUCCUUCGAAAAGGCGAAUCCCUGGCAGCACUCCGCACUCUUCGAUCUGAUAACCUUAGGCUGACUCACAGGAUCGGAUAUCUCGAGGAACAAGUCAGGGAUCUUCUCGCACCAAGUAGAGCCGAGGUUCCUGCAGACCCUCCACCGACCCGUCAAGAACAAGUUCAGGUUUUUCAAAAAGGACCACAGGUAACUGCGUUAGUUGCAAAUCUUCCUGGCCUUAAUGUACGGAAUUCGAUGGAAUUACGGCAGAGUUUACCAACAGUAAGAAGCAGGCACAAUGACCAUUCAAAACGUUCGCUAGACGUAAAAAUCUCGAACGAAUUCGACUCGUCAUCGGCUAGUAUUUUCAAUGGUCAUCACAAAUCACGAAGUAAGCAAAAACAUCAAGGAUUUCCAUUAACCAGGUCAACUGCAAGCUUGGAUUGCAAACAAACGCAGAUACAAUCGCAACUACAACGUAGAAGACCACCGCGCGUUGAAUCAGCUUUGGAACAUUUAUCUAAGAAUCGUAAAAAUUCAUCUCAAGUACAACCGUUAGACUUCGAUUCCGAACCAACCUAUUAUCGAUUACAGGAGACUCAGUCGCGAGCGUCAGAAAACUCGGAUAUAUCGGUAGUCUAUAGCUCCCAAGAAUCGAAAUCUCGCCCAGCACCACCGAAAAAGCCACUUCGAUUGUCUCUACAUCGAGCAGCUAGUCUUCAAUCCGUAGAAAGUGCACCACCAUCUGCACACCAUGAAAUAGCUAAAAAACCGAUGAAAAGAAGUCAUAAAGGUGAUCCACCGGAGAAAGGCAUUAGAACGGAAACAAAUGGAGAAACAAAUAACCAAAUGCAAGAAUCGCAUUCCAAUCCACCUCAACCUCCGCCGAGGACACCUUCCAGAGCAGAGUCUUGUCAAAGUGCGUUACGAUGGCCUUCCCCUAAGCCACGACCUCAUUUAGCACCUGUCACUAUGGAAAAAUGGUGCUAAACAAAAAAAAAUGUAAGGGAAGAAAGAACCAUUAUGAUAUGAAUGAUAUUUCAAAUAUCGACGUACACUGCAUAUUAUACAUAUUUUUAUGUAUUAUCUGUUCAGUGUAACAUGAAUAUUCGAGUAGUAUUAACAACGAAUCUUUUAAGAUCUCUGUUAUUAUAGAAAAAAAUUGGGGAACUUACGAAGAUUUUUAUACGAUGCAUUUGUAAAUACAAAAUGAUAUUUUUAUGCUUUUUACCUGUACUUUAAGAAGACUGAAUUGUUCUGGAUUUAUUCGUACGCUAUUUUUAUACCUAUUUUUAAAUUUUAUGUUUAAUUAUAUUAGCUGAUAAUGUUUCGUUGUAUACAUUCAUUUCAUGUACUAUGGAAUAUAAACGUUCAAAGUAAUCGAUUACGUAAAAAAGUUUCGCUUUAUAAGUUAAACAAAUAUUUCGUACAAAGUACGUGAAACGUACAUUUAUACUCCCUAAUUUAUAAGUAUUAGUUCUAAAAAUAUGAAUCUUUUUUUAUUUUUAUGUGAU